UACUAGCCUAGUUGUAUGAUCAAAUAAAGAGUGUUUACAAGUUUUUUUUACAUUCAAAGGAUAUGAUCAAAAAUGCAUUUCUUAGACUCUACGUACCAUUUCCAUUCUAUAUAUAAGUACUCGUACAAUUUUGUUAUAUCUCUAUUCAUUUUUCCAUAUAUACCUUUGCAUGCAUGCUUAUUAUUUUGUAUACUCAUUACAUAUACCCAUCAAUAACUAAAAGAUUUGCUUGGUUUGCCUCUAAUUUGAUGAGCUUUUACUCUUUAACAUGGAAAGUGAUAAGUGUUCCAAAUGUUUUAGCACAGGACAAAGUGCACAAGAAGAGCAAUUGGCACAUGUGCCUGAUUGCUAUGAGGUUCCUCCUGCUCAACGUCCUAGCUUGAAUUCACCUCAAGCUCAUGUUCCUCUCAUUGACUUGGCUGGAUUGCGAAUCGGACCGCCUCAACGAUCUACCGUUAUUCAAAGUAUUCGCGAAGCUUGUAUCCGAUUCGGAUUUUUCCAAAUUAUUAAUCAUGGCAUAGAUCAGGCACUCAUGGACAAAGCACUUAGUGCAGCAGAUGAAUUCUUCCACUUACCUACAAAUGAAAAAAUGAAGUUCAUGUCGAGUGAUGUUCACAAACCAGUAAGGUACGGGACAAGCAUCAAGGAUGGAGUCGAUAAGAUUCAAUAUUGGAGGGUUUUCCUUAAACAUUAUGCAAAUCCCUUGAAUGACUGGAUCUUAUCUUGGCCUGAGAGUCCACCAAAUUACAGGGAAGACAUGGGAACAUACAGUAGGGAAGUGCAAAAACUAGCAUUGGAAUUAACAGGAGCUAUCACAGAGAGUCUUGGUUUAAAUCCCAAGUAUUUGAAUGAGAAAAUGAAACAAGGCAUGCAAGUAAUAGUCACAAACUGUUACCCACCAUGUCCUCAACCAUGUCUGACGCUAGGGUUGCCUCCUCACUCAGAUUACAGCUGCUUGACCAUCCUCCUACAGGGCUCUCCAGGGCUCGAAGUUAAGGACAUGCAAGACGGCGGCGCGUGGAAGCUCGUUCCCCAUAUCGAUGGUGCCCUGCAAAUCCAUAUAGGUGACCAUUUUGAGGUGCUAAGCAAUGGGGUAUACAAGAGUGUGGUGCAUAGGGCUAUCCUUGAUUAUGAGAAGACUAGAAUAUCCAUUGCUAGCCUCCAUAGUUUAGGCUUGGAUGACAAAAUGGAGCCUGCUAUUCAGUUGCUAGAUCAGGAUCAUCCUAAGGCAUACAAGGGAAGUAGCUUUAGGGAUUUUUUGGAUUUUCUUAGUGCUAAUGAUAUUGGUCAAGGAAAUUUUUGCUUCCUUGACACUCUCAAAAUUUGAGUAAUUAGUUGAUAUGUUUAAGAUUAUAAGACAUUAGACAUAUAUGUAUACUUUUCUAUGGCGAGUUUUGAUCUUCUCUUAGAAUUGUUGCAGUUCUCUAAGUUUAUCAAUAUAUUUCAAGUUAGCUUAA